AGCUUGGUAUUGAGCUACUAGCUAACAUCCUUGAGUCAAAGUCUGAUCACAUCGAUAUUUGCUUGUCCGUAACGUUAGCUGACUGUCCCUGCAUCAUGUUUCGAGCCGCCGUCCGACUUUCAGUAUCCGGUGCCCGGAGUUUGACACGGCCACAGCUCGGACGUACAGCUCCCCUGGCCCAGAGGUGUUACUCCCAUGGUGGGAAGCUGGAAUCGGACGAGGAGUUUGAUGCCCGCUGGGUAACCUAUUUUAACAAGGCAGAUAUUGAUGCAUGGGAGCUGAGGAAAGGGAUGAACACGCUGAUUGGAUACGACCUGGUGCCUGAGCCUAAGAUCCUGGAAGCAGCCCUCCGAGCCUGCCGCAGGUUAGAUGACCUGGCUAGUGCCAUGCGUAUCCUGGAGGCUGUCAAGGACAAAUCUGGCCCCCACAAAAAAAUCUACCCAUACUUAAUUCAGGAGCUCCGACCAACACUAGAUGAGCUUGGUAUCUCUACACCUGAAGAGCUUGGCAUGGACUAAGUAUAGAUUGUUUUCUCUGGGCUGCUGUUGUCUCUGGGACUCUCUGGGAACCUUGUACUUCGUCUUUGCCUCGUAUAAUGUGUGAUUAUUUAAUUUGGGCCUUUAUUAAGUUCUUAUGCUUGUAAAAUAUUGAUGAACCUAAUAAAGGGGGAAAAAAACUUU